AUCUUUCAGUGGAGACAGCUGGAAAAUCUUUAUUUCAGAGAAAAGAAGUUCUCAGUGGAAGUUCAUGAUCCUCGCAGGGCAUCUGUUACCAGGAGGACAUUUGGUCAUGGAGGGAUCGCUGUGCACACGUGGUACGCGUGUCCCGCUCUCAUAAAGUCCAUCUGGGCUAUGGCCAUUAGCCAACACCAAUUCUAUCUGGAUAGGAAACAAAGCAAGUCUAAAAUACAUGCUGCCAGAAGCCUGAGUGAGAUUGCCAUAGACUUAACAGAGACGGGAACUUUAAAAACUUCAAAACUUGCCAAUAUGGGAAGCAAAGGGAAAAUCAUCAGCGGAAGCAGUGGUAGCCUGUUGUCAUCAGGUUCCCAAGAGUCGGACAGCUCACAGUCUGCCAAGAAAGACAUGCUGGCUGCACUGAAAUCCAGGCAGGAAGCUCUGGAGGAGACACUACGCCAGCGGCUGGAGGAGCUGAAGAAACUUUGUCUACGCGAAGCGGAACUUACAGGCAAACUGCCAAGAGAAUAUCCAUUAGAUCCAGGAGAAGAGCCGCCUACUGUUCGAAGGCGGAUCGGAACAUCAUUUAAAUUGGAUGAAGACAAACUUCUAGGAAAAGGAGAGGAAGAGGAGCUGGAACGCCUCGAGAGAGAGUUUGCCAUUCAGUCACAGAUUACAGAGGCAGCUCGGCGCUUAGCCAGUGACCCUCAUGUAAGCAAAAAGCUGAAGAAGCAGAGAAAAACCUCAUACCUCAAUGCUCUGAAGAAACUACAGGAAAUAGAGAACUCCAUUAAUGAGUACCGCAUCAAGUCUGGCAAAAAGCCUACACAGAGAGCAUCUUUAAUCAUAGAUGAAGCAAACCUGGGCAGUGAAGACAGCUCACUUUCCGAUGCACUGGUACUAGAAGAUGAUGAUUCCCAGGCACCUAGCAUUCUGUCACCUAUGCAGUCUCCUCAUAAAGGCCUGCCACCAAGACCUCCCUCCCAUGCCAGACCCCACCCUCCUCAAUCAUUGGAUGGACUAAGGCAGUUGCACUACCAGCGAAAUGACUAUGACAAGUCACCAAUAAAACCCAAAAUGUGGAGUGAAUCUUCUUUAGAUGAACCUUAUGAAAAAGUGAAGAAACGGUCAUCACACAGUCAUUCCAGUAACCACAAACGGUUCCCCAGUACAAGCAGCUGCUCAGAAGCUGUUGGGAGUAACUCUCUACAGAACAGUCCCAUUCGGAACCUUCCUCACUGGAACUCCCAGUCCAGCAUGCCAUCUACACCAGAUCUGCGAAUACGAAGUCCUCAUUAUGUCCAUUCAACCAGAUCGGUGGAUAUCAGUCCUACUAGACUUCACAGCUUAGCACAGCACUUUAGGCACCGCAGUUCCAGUUUGGAGUCGCAAGGAAAACUGUUGGGCUCUGAAAAUGACACUGGAAGUCCUGACUUCUACACUCCAAGGACUCGUAGCAGUAAUGGCUCUGACCCUAUGGAUGAUUGUUCCUCUUGUACUAGCCAUUCCAGUUCUGAACACUAUUACCCAGCCCAGAUUAAUCCUAAUUAUUCAACAUUGGCUGAGGACUCUCCUUCCAAAGCCAGGGAACGUCAGAGACACAGACACAAGUCUAAUGGGAACCUUGUAUCCUCCAAUUCAGGGAGCAUGCCAACCUGGCUGCCAGGAAUGGAACUGGACACCAUGGUGUAUAUUUGCAUAGCCAGAGCCAACCUUCAUCACAAUACAGGAUCAAAGAGUAUCCUUUAUACAUUGAAGGAAGUUCCUCCCCUGUUGUUGUACGGAGUUUAG